AUGAUUAGUCUAUUAUUCUGCAUUUACACAACCCACCGAUAUCGCGGAUCCCACGGCGAUUUCGGCUUCGGGACUUUAGCUUCGCCAGAUCCCAAAGAAUUUUCUCUUGUCGCUGAUGAUCUUGCCUCUCUGGGUCAGCUUAUUGAGCACAUACGUGGUCAUCUUGACUUGGCUCGCGACCAACUCGUCAAUUUUUACCAGGUGGAACACACUAACUUACCAAGCGAGCCUCCAGCCCCCGAAACCACUGGGGUGACUUCAUCUCCACGUGAUGACCAAGCCUCACCCACUCAAAAACCAGUUGUCGAGAGAGAGGAUGCUGCUUCUUCCGGCGAAGACUCGGAAGCAGCUACAGAAGAAAACUUGGAGUUCAGCUCUACGAGAUGUAGACAUCGAAAACGACAAAUAAAGACAUCGAGGGCCAGGACCUCUCGAAGGGCUAAGUUACCACGACUGGCUCACCCGGAUCUCUCACCGUCUAUUCAGUCUAGCCAGGGAGCGCGUCGCAAAACUCGGGCAGGUCUUGAAGUUGAUCCUGUUUACACAGAUCUCCGUGACCGAUCUCUCCAGCUUGAGGCACUUGUGGCUGCCUUAUAUGCACUCCAGGCUGACUUGCGUUCUCGUCUACAUUCAAAUGACGCUUCUACAGUAAUGGCUGAGGCCGUCCGGCUUGCCAGACUACGGCUUAGGAAGGAUCAUGAGCAAGCGGAAAAGGAGCGAAGGGAAUCCAUGCGCCAAAAUACAACUGAUGACACUUCUACGAUGUCCCCUGUGGCCGCAACUCUUGUUGCUGACGCCAGUACGUCGGCAGCUUCAAUAAACCUAGCUCGUGAACGUGCUGAACGCCAGCUUCGUCGGGAGCAGCGUCGCAUUCUCGAAGAUUUGAAUGAUGAUUCGACCAUAGAAUCUAGCUCGGCUGGUCCAACUGGUCUCAAAGACUGUCUCCGUCCUGCUUCACCAUGUGCCUCUUCUCUGUCCUCUACCUCUUCGUACUCAUUUACUUCUCUACGAUCUCCUACGCCUAUUUUAGCCAAGACUCAAUGUCCAACAACUUCUUUCCGUACCUCUCCAUCCACGAAUACAAGUAUUGCUCUUGGACCUCGCAAGCAGGCCUGUGUCAACAUUGCCCCUCGCAUCAGCUCUAGUCCUUAUGGCUCAUCUAUCGCACCCCGGAUUUUUCAUUCCUCCGGAGCUUCUUCUAAUGGGCCACGCUUUGGGCCACCGAAUAUUAGCCAGCUACCUUCUAUUCUUAGACCACGUGUACAUCCGCCUGGCGCCGCCGCUUACUCGGCUCUUACUCGACAGCAGACGCCAUCUGCAAUCACAAAUACUGGAGUUACUAGUGCAUCUAUUCGAAUUCCGGGCCCAGGUACCGUGCUCCUUCGUCGAACUUUAGAGAACUCAGGCGGUCUUCUUGUGCAACCAAUGCGCUCGAUCUUUCCAUUCCAAGUUCGACCUCUUCCUCUGCCUGAUUCAGUGCCUCUUCAGGCCACCCGUAACCCUGCGCCCAUCCCGGUUUCGUCUUACAAUCCAAAUGUUCAACCGCAAGCCAAGCAAGGCCUCUGUAAG